UUCAAACUUUUGAAACGGCUUUUACUCGCAGGCGCUGCCCAUGGUGACGCUGGUGAUCGGGCGGCGCAGCGGCUCGGACACGAUCACGCUCUGCACCGACAGCCCGGACACCGACGGGCCGAAGCGCACCUCCUUCCCGGUGCCGUCCCUGGCCGCGCCCCUCAAGCCCGGGGCGCCCAAGUGGGCCAACUACGUCAAGGGCGUCCUCGCCCACUUCCCAGGAGGUUGCCCCGGGUUCGACGCCGUCGUCAUCUCCAGCGUGCCGCUGGGCGGGGGUCUCUCGAGCAGCGCCUCCCUGGAGGUGGCCACCUUCACCUUCCUGGAGGCGCUCACCGGCCGCGGCUGCCAGAGGUUGGCUGAUAAGGCCCUAGUGUGCCAGAAGGCGGAGCACGAGUUCGCCGGCAUGCCGUGCGGCAUCAUGGACCAGUUCAUCUCCGUCAUGGGCAAGCAGGGCAACGCGCUGCUCAUCGACUGUCGGUCCCUCGAGUCGCGGCUGGUGCCGCUGGAGGACCCCGAACUGGUGGUGCUGGUCACCAACUCCAACGUCAAGCACGAGCUGUCGGGCAGCGAGUACCCCACCCGACGCCGGCAGUGCGAGCAGGCCGCCCAGGCCCUGGGGAAGAAGUCCCUUCGCGAUGCCACCGUGGCCGACCUGCAGGGUAAGUUCCUCUUUGAGCUCGCAAGUUGGUGGUAGGCCAACCCACAACGCAGGCGCGCGUGCGGAGCGGUGGUGCCUACCUCAGCGCCCGCAGACCGUGGGUAGGCCGACCCGCAACGCAGGCGCGCGUGCG